AUGUUUAUGAUAUCCACAAUCAAGCCACGGCAUGGAAACAUUAUCCAGCUUUCCAAUAUUGGUUCUCGCAUUCUAGAUUUACGCAGCAUAGCGCCCCUCCAGGAGAUAGUGGAGAGUCAACGCCCGAAUCUGACGCCAUAUGCCGACUUUUACCGCAAUGUACACCAGCACCCCGAAGUUUCUGGAAUGGAGGAAGAAACGGCCAGGAAAGUGUCCACUCGGGUAUCGGCGGCCACGGCGUUGUCGGUGUAUUCGGGAAUCCAACAUCAGAAGGCUUCCCUCCGCGUGCAGUUCCACGCUCAUGUUACACCGCAAUACUAA